CAGCAGAGCUGGCAAUCUCCGGUAAGCACAAUUCGCAUUUUAAGCUUGUUAGUCCAUUUAGAAAUGGAAACCAUACCGCCCCAAUAUCACAAUAUCCCCCACACUCAACCACCCCUGGUAAAACAAAAUCCCGGACCUUCGAAUCAGCCCACUGUUCAACCUGACAUCCCAACUAUCAACCUCAACAACAUUAUCGCUAACAUCGUUUCGGCUCUGAAACCUUCUGCCCCAUCCGACGAGGUCAUCGUGACAGAAUUCGAACUUUCCGUGCUCUGCGAGCUGGCCGGAAAAGUCUUCCUUCGCCAACCGUCGCUUUUGGAGCUUAAUCCUGCCGAUUCUGGAUUAACUGUUGUCGGGGAUCUACACGGACAUCUCAAUGAUCUGGUGGCUGUUUUUCGUAAGGAAGGCGGUCCCGAUGUUCAUAAUUAUUUGUUUUUGGGCAACUAUGUCGGUACUGGACGGCAUCAGGUGGAACUGAUUUGUUUGCUCUUAGCGUACAAAUUAAAAUAUCCCGAAAAUUUUUUCCUACUGCGAGGCUGUCAUGAAAAUCGGGACGUAAAUAACGCAGACGGAUUUUGGCAUCGCUGUCGGGAGCUGUAUGGAACGGAUGCGGCCUGGGCCAAAUUUAAUCUAUGUUUCGAUACCAUGCCCUUAGCAGCUGUACUGGGUGAUCGGAUUUUCUGUGUACACUCGGGGAUCAGCCCGCAUCUGGAGGCGAUGGUGCAGUUACGAAACAUCCAGCGCCCAAUGUCUGUUCCUCCUAAUGGACUUGUGUUUGACCUGCUCACCGCUAUGCCCACGGUUGCCACACCGGGCUGGAAUACAAAUCAGCAGAGUACUGCUAUGGCGUUCGGCAACGGUGUCUGGAAGAAGUUCUUCAGAUCAAAUGACAUCGAGUUUAUGAUUCGCAGUCAUGGUACGCUUGGCACGGGAUUCGCGCUGACGGAAGACAAACGAAUUCUAAGUAUAUUCAGUGCGACAGACUACGAAGCCCGUGACAAUAACGGAUCUUUUGUUCAUAUCAGCCCCACGCUUACAGUCCAACCCUACACAUUUAACUCGCACGCCAUUUUCAAGCAGGAAAGAAUUGAAACGAAAGAAUAAAGCGUAUCCAAGAAAUGCGUACUGGGUACAAUAGCUUUCGGCGGCUCAAAUGCUUACCUGAGGGAUGUAAGUUUUUCCGCCUUCAUUAGAAACUGUUGAUAAUCCAACUGCAUCAGGGCUCUGCCUUCAUUUGUGCAUUUCUUGGCAUUAGCGUAGCCUUCCACAAAGGUGCGAUUCGCUAAUAAUAUGGCUAGCGACCAUAAAGUCUCCAUGGUUUCUUUUGGAAUUGCUGUUGAUCGGCCAAUGCCGCGAAUAACGUUAUUAAACGUAUCCAAUUCCUAUAA